AGCUGGAUGAGAGAGGGAGGAUGAGUGGGGGGGGCAGCUCAAAACAGUGGUGGGAAGCUCAGGAAAGCAGCACUCUGAGAGAGUUACUCAAGGAGUAAGGUCAACAGCUGCAAAUAGUCUCACGGAGUAAAAUGGUGAAUGUUAUGUUGCCGUUGCUGGUUUUUUCGCUGUUCCUCACUGUCCAGGAGACAGUGUCCGAGGUGGUGAAAUGUUACGGUCAGUUCAACAAAGAGAAAGGCACCUGUGGGCUGUACCUUGGAGAAACUGAGCUGGACGACUGCUGUCUGAACGUCGACUACGGUUUCCAAAUCAAGGAUGGAGAGUGUGACUCCUGCAGUCCCUCUUCGUGGUCCGAGUGGAGCCCCUGGAGUCCUUGCACCGUGUCCUGCAAGGAGGGGGUGAAGCAAAGGACUCGUAAGUGUUACGGGAUGGGCCACUGCAACGACACCGAAGAGCUGGGCACCUUGCAGACGAAAUACUGCGUGGAAGAAACUUGCUGCCCUGAGAAAGGGGGCUGGUCAGAGUGGGGGCCAUGGCAGGGAUGCUCGGUAACCUGCAGCAAAGGGGUGAGGAAACGCUCGAGGACUUGCACCCAGCCACCUCCUGAGUGUGGGGGCAACUGCAUCGGAAAAGACACAGAUGUAGAAACCUGCGACACCAACCAAGUCUGCCCAGUCCACGGUGGUUGGUCAGACUGGAGCUCUUGGGGGCCGUGUCCUAGCAGCUGCAUGAAGGAAGGUGCGGACCCACCCCAACGCCAACGCAGCAGGUUUUGCACCAACCCGGCCCCAUCAUCUAACCCGCCCGGCCAGUACUGCUCUGGACACUCUCACGAAGCUCAGGCCUGCAGCAACCUGCCAUACUGCCCCGUGUCUGGCGGUUGGGGCCCCUGGAGUCCAACGUCGGAGUGCUCAGUGACCUGUGGAGUGGGACAGACGAUGAUGGGUCGCCAGUGCAACUCUCCAGCACCCCGCCAUGGGGCUCAAACCUGCCCGGGCAAGACUACAACAGAGAAAUUGUGCAACACCCAGGUGCCCUGCCCAGUGGCCGGUCAGUGGUCAACCUGGGGACCCUGGGCAGAGUGUAAGAGAUCCGGCAAGGAUAUCCGGUGCAGCAAGUAUUCAGCAGGCACGCAAAGGAGGGUGCGGACCUGCCUCUACAGAGAUUGGAAUGGAGAGUCAUGUACAGGAGAUAUCAUGGAGACCCGGGUUUGCUAUUCCAUUGAACGCUGCAGAUUCAACGGCACCUGGAGCGAAUGGAGCGACUGGGGUUUGUGCAAACCCCCCUGCGGAGCUGAUGCCAAGAAAACCAGGCAGCGGGAAUGUGUGCCUGACCUAUCCGAGUACAGGAAGCUUGUAGGAUCCAAGAAGGAAGAGGCCUACUUUGCAGGGAAGCCGUGGUUGCUCUGCCGCAGAGAUGUAGAAACAUCACAGUCCGAACUCUGCUAUAACGUCCCGGAAUGCACAGGUUCGGGAGGACUGCCUUAGCAAAGGUGAUUAAGAAAAAUAUGAGCCCAUAUCCUGAGAGAAGGUGCAGCACUCAGUUCCAGUACAGUAUGCCAAAGAAAAAAUUAGGGCUGUAAUUAGUCAAUACAUGGGUCUCAAAACAUUAAGUUAAUAAGACAAAAAUUCUCUACUACACAUAAAAUGCUCAAUUCUAAUCCAUGUUGAUUCAAGAGGGAGACUGAUACAAUUAAACAAUUUGUACAAAAGUUCUAAAACAGUUGAAAUCAUUAAACAAUUACUUCAGGUCAUUAUACAAAGUAUAGACUAUUGACCUUUCACAGUAAUCUAUCAUCCAGCUCUUAUAACACCAGCUGUAUGAUAGCAAUAACUACGUUAUGUUGAUGUCACUGUUGUUACUUACGUUGAAAUGUAAUAAGUAAUAGUAUAAUCUGAUACCUUUUUCAUUUAGGUCUUCUCAUUGGAACACACUGAUAAGAUAAAACAAUGGAACAUUGAUAAGACGCUACAAAAACACUCAAAUGACAAAAUAAAUAACUGGGAUUAAUAGCUGAAAGAAUAUUCAUGAAUUCAAGAACAUUCAAGAACAUUACCUUGUGAUUCAAGCCAUAUGAUUUCAUGCUACCAUCUCGAGGGUCUAGAGAUAGACUCCUAAGUGUACUUACUGUAUGAAGGAGAUGGAAUGUCAAGAUCAGGGUUGCGCAAUCACACUACAGAUCAGGUGACCAGAAAUAAUUAUUCAGCAUCGAAUCUGUCUCUGUCUCUUCUUUCUCAACAUGAAUAAAAUGUAUAAUAAUUUA